AUAAUAAUAAAAACCCCUAAAAUGUCAAUUACAAGUGAAACGGACUGUAGUGGGUAAUUAACAUUAAAUGUAUAUAAGACAAGUGUUGAAAUAGUAGUGGCGGGAAACCGUUUGACGUGUUGUGUCCUAUGUGUACUUAGAGCGAGUGGAGCUGUCUGCCCUAGAGGGCGGCCGACAUGCUGGUUUCGUGAAUCGAUAUUUUUGAAACGCUGUUGAACCAAAAUAAUGAGGUUGAGAAUUUAAUACAGGACAGAUGAUGGAAAAUGAGAAAGGCGAACAAUGACAGCAUGUCCCCGCCGCGAGCGAUGACCCUGGGCGCCGGGGGUCGCGAGCCAGUCCACAGCGCGCGCCGCCCUUCAACGCCGCCCAAACACACGCUUAUAAGGCUACUACACUCAUUAUGUAUCAUACGCGACAUCACAUUGGCGCGAACACUGAACUAUAAUUUUCCAAAACACCCCCUAGUCAAAUUAAAAGAAAACUUUCGAACUAGUGUAUAUUUUGUAGUGAAAACUUUAGUGCAAUUAUUCGUUGUUGCCAAGUGUACUGUGCGUGACAAACGUUGGGUAUUGCUUUUUCUGUACUGUUUCUCCACGUGUGAUGCGAAACGGGAUGACGACUUGCAUAUAGGUGGGAUCUUUCCUAUGGAAGGGGAGGGAGGCUGGCAGGGUGGCCAAGCCUGCAUGCCUGCCGCUGAGUUAGCACUCGCAGAUGUCAACGCGAGGUCUGAUUUGUUAUCAGGAUUUAAAUUACUUCUUCACAGCAACGAUAGUAAGUGCGAGCCAGGGCUUGGAGCGAGUGUAAUGUACAAUUUGCUGUACAACCCUCCACAAAAGUUGUUACUACUGGCUGGAUGUUCUACCGUAUGUACUACUGUUGCUGAAGCGGCCAAAAUGUGGAAUCUAAUGGUGUUAUGCUACGGUGCGUCGUCACCAGCUCUAUCAGACCGGGCACGUUUUCCGACGCUUUUCCGAACCCAUCCGUCGGCAACGGUUCACAAUCCAACGAGAAUCAAACUAAUGCAGAAGUUCGGAUGGUCUCGCAUCGCUAUACUACAACAGGCCGAGGAAGUUUUUAUAUCUACCGUAGAAGACUUAGAAGCACAUUGUAAGAAGACUGGAAUUGAAAUUGUUACGCGGCAAUCGUUCCUUUCGGAUCCGAGCGACGCAGUGCGGAAUUUAAGGAGACAAGACGCAAGAGUCAUUGUCGGCCUUUUUUAUGUGGUGGCCGCGCGACGGGUGCUUUGCGAGGUCUAUAAACAUAAGCUCUAUGGAAAGUCCUAUGUCUGGUUCUUUAUAGGCUGGUACGAAGAUAACUGGUUUGAAACAAACUUGGAGCGGGAAGGUAUCGAAUGCACAGCUGAAGAAAUGCGGGAAGCGGCUGAAGGACAUCUGACAACAGAGGCGCUGAUGUGGAACCAAAACUCGAAUCAGACCACCAUCUCAGGAAUGACGUCAGAGGACUUCAGGUUUCGCUUAAACGAAGCUCUGCGCGAGGCGGGAUAUGACAUAGAUCGGGAGAAGUUUCCAGAAGGAUAUCAAGAGGCACCGUUAGCCUAUGACGCUGUGUGGGCAGUUGCGUUAGCUUUUAAUAAAACAAUGGAGAAACUACAGAAAAGCGGACUGAGCUUGAAAAAUUUUACAUACACCAAUAAAAAGAUAGCCGAUGAUAUAUACGAAGCUAUAAACUCCACUUCAUUUCUGGGCGUGUCGGGUUUAGUGGCGUUUUCAUCACAAGGCGAUCGAAUCGCGCUAACGCAAAUCGAACAGUUGUAUGACAACCAUUAUGUGAAGCUGGGAUAUUAUGACACACAAGCUGACAAUCUCACAUGGCUCGAACGUGAACGCUGGGUUGGAGGAAAGGUGCCACCGGAUCGCACAGUGGUUGUGAAUGAGUUACGCACAGUGUCGCUGCCUUUAUUCGCAUGCAUGACUGCUCUAUGCAUCGCUGGCAUCCUGGCGGCAAUAGCUCUCAUUGUAUUUAACAUCAUACACAGGCAUAGACGGGUAAUUCAAUGGUCUCAUCCCGCCUGUAAUACAGUAAUGCUAUGUGGCUGCUGUGUUUGCUUCGGGUCAGCCAUCGCACUAGGCGUGGACGGAAGAUGGGUUCAACCAAAUCACUUCUCUGGUCUAUGUGCAGCCAGAGCUUGGCUCCUAGCUAUGGGCUUCUCUAUGGCUUACGGCGCCAUGUUCACAAAAGUAUGGCGUGUCCACAGACACACGACAAAGCCGAAGCCCGAGUCAAAGAAACGUAUGCACGGUUGGAAACUAUACACAAUGGUUGGGGGUCUCCUAAUAGUGGACGUCGCAAUACUAGCCGCGUGGCAGAUACGGGACCCCCUGCAGCGCCGCGUGGAAAUAUUUCCCCUUGAAGCACCUUAUCAUAAUGAUGACGAUGUUCACAUACGACCCGAGCUGGAGCAUUGCGAGAGCGAACAUAAUGCCGUCUGGCUUGGUGUAAUGUACGGGUAUAAAGGUCUCGUGCUUGUGUUCGGGUUGUUCCUGGCAUAUGAGACACGUUCAGUCAAAGUGCGGUCCAUCAACGACUCCCGAUAUGUAGGCAUGAGUAUCUACAAUGUGGUGGUACUUUGCCUCAUCACCGCACCAGUCACUUUGGUGAUAGCAAGCCAACAGGACGCAGCCUUUGCAUUCGUCUCCCUCGCGAUUGUUUUUUGCUGCUUCCUCAGUAUGGCGCUUAUUUUUAUACCCAAGGUUAUAGAAGUAAUUAGGCAUCCUACAGAGCGGGCUGAAAGUAGUCGAGGUUCCGGGUCAGGAUCUGCACCGGCUGAUGAAGAACGCUAUAGGGAACUGGUUAAAGAAAAUGAAGAACUACAGAAACUUAUCGCUCAGAAAGAAGAACGGAUCCGAGUUUUAAAACAGAAGUUGGCUGAACGGGAAGCGGCUGUAGCUGAUGGCGUAACCCAAGAUGUUCAAGACGAACACAUCUGAACUCCAACUUCAAUAGUUUCGACGUUUUUAAAUUGUAUAUUAUGUCUUUAUAAAACUUUAAAUAAUCAUAACGAACAAAGUGUUCUUAUACUAAUAGACGACUGGGCUUAAGAUAAUCCAAAUAAAAAAUUAGCAUAAUAUUCGCAACAAAGGUAUGCACUAGAGGAUAAAUGUUAUCGGAAAUACGGGCAAGUUUUAGCAACGAUUUUCACAGCGUGGAACUAGUUUGGGUAAGCAUUUAAAAUGAUUAAUUAGAUAAUUCUUUCUAUAUCUAUAAAAACCAUUGAUUAACGGUAAGUCAAGGAUACGCACAAAUAUCCAAAAUUGUCAGCAAUGUUAAUGAACCAUAUCGAUAUUUUGCAAUUUACUGACAAGUUUACAAGAACAGAUAAUUUUGGCCCAGUAAUUGCGGCCAUACGCCGAGUGAAUACAGGCGUUUGUAAGUACACAUACUAAACUAAACAUAAUGCUAUCUUGUUAAUUAACUGGUGAUAUGACAGAGACAACACUAGUUAUUUUAGCGUAGUUUGUGUAUAACAUGCAGUCUUUGUAUGCAUGAGUAACUAAUUAGUAGGGUAGAUAAUUAUGAAGCAUGACCCGUGACGUUCGUAUUGGUUAAAAAAAUAACGACUGUACAUUUAUGUUUAACACGCUAUUACUUAUAUAGUCAAAGUAUAUAUAUAUGUAUUAUAAUGCCAGGAAAUAAAUAGAUAAGAUAAAUUUUCUUGGUUACGAAAUCAUAUUGAUCGACUAUAUUUUACAACAUAUUCAGAAACAUUUAUGGUUCAGUGAUAUCAGAUGCCAAAGGAAUAACGAAACUAAUAUUAAUAAGAAUAUUGAAUUCUUUUAAUAAUUAGAUAGAUUAAGUGUCCUACGGAUGAAAUCAUUUAGGUAAAUGAAACUGUUAAAAGCACUGCCAAUCACUAGUUACAUUAUUAGUAUUGAGAAUUAGCUGUAAUACCUGUAUCAAGUUUAAAUUAAUUUAACCAUUAGAUUAAAUAAUAUAAAAAUUAAAUCUAGCUUUAAACGUGACUUUGUUGUAUUAUAAAUCAAUAAUGUUUAUUGGUCAUAAUUUAGGCUGAAAAAAUCUGUUAAAUAAUUUCAAUAUCCAGACGUAAUAACGCCCGUUAAAUUAUGACUAAUUGUAGGAUAAUAUCUAAAAACGAUGCAACUCAUGCAAAGUUAACUAAUUGUAGAAAUUUAAGGCCCAAUUAGAAACAAAAAUUACGUUUAAUGACAUAGUGCGAGUAGGUACUGUUAAAUAACAAAAGUGAUGAGUGGAUCUAACUCAAUUGUAAUAUGAAAAUGUUAAGUUAUUUAUUAAUGUUAUGUUGUUAUAUUCUAGAGCUAGAGAAACGUUGUUUGAAUUGAAUACAGAGGUUUAAGCGGUUUGUGAAGCGUAUCGAAGCAGGUACAUCAAAUUUAAGAUAUAAUCAAACUUCUUUAUUAAACUUUAUUAUUAAUAAUGUGUAUUUGUAUCGUGAACGCACAGCAAAACGCAUCAAGGAUUGUUAGGUUAGAAAAAAAAAAGUUAAUUAAAAAUGUCUGCGAACGUCGUACGUUUUACGUAGGUCUUCUUCAGGUUCUGGUUCUGAUUUUUUAUUCCAUUUGAGUAAAAGCCAAACAAUAAAUAGGCAAUUAAAACAUUACCAAAUGAAAAGUCUAAACGAUUGUAUUUAUUGAUUCGUGUCCAAGAUUUGACUGCAUUGAAUAUUUCUU